GGAACAAACAAAGCCAAGUGCUCUAUCAGAACCAAAUCGCUGAGCCUGCCACCGGUGUUCCAGAAGCCUGACCAGAAAUGUCCUCAAACAUGCAGGAGGUGCCUGCCCCACUCACCAAUUUGAAGUUUCAAUAUACUAAGAUCUUCAUAAACAAUGAGUGGCAUAAUUCGGUGAGCGGCAAGAAAUUUCCGGUCUUUAAUCCUGCAACUGAGGAGAAACUCUGUGAGGUGGAAGAAGGAGAUAAGGAGGAUGUUGACAAAGCAGUGAAGGCUGCAAGAGAAGCUUUUCAGAUUGGGUCUCCAUGGCGAACUAUGGAUGCUUCAGAGAGAGGACGGCUGUUAUACAAGUUGGCUGAUUUAAUUGAAAGAGAUCGUCUGCUCCUGGCAACAAUGGAGUCAAUAAACAGUGGAAAACUGUUUCCCAAUGCUUAUCGAAUGGAUUUAGGAAAUUCCAUCAAUAUAUUACGCUACUGUGCAGGCUGGGCUGACAAGAUCCAGGGCCGCACCAUACCCAGUGAUGGAAACGUUUUUACUUACACAAGAAGUGAACCUAUUGGUGUGUGUGGCCAAAUCAUUCCUUGGAAUUUCCCGCUGGUCUUGCUCAUUUCUAAGAUAGGAUCUGCCCUUAGCUGCGGAAACACAGUGGUUGUCAAACCGGCAGAGCAAACUCCUCUCACUGCUCUUCAUGUGGCGUCUUUAAUAAAAGAGGUAGGGUUUCCUCCCGGAGUCGUGAAUAUCGUCCCAGGCUAUGGACCUACUGCAGGGGCAGCCAUUUCCUCUCACAUGGACAUAGACAAGGUGGCCUUCACAGGAUCCACACAGGUGGGCAAAGUGAUCAAAGAAGCUGCCGGGAAAAGCAAUCUGAAGAGGGUGACCCUGGAACUCGGUGGGAAGAGUCCUUGCAUUGUGUUUGCUGAUGCCGACCUGGACAAUGCCAUUGAAUUUGCGCACCGUGGCGUAUUCUACCACCAGGGCCAGUGUUGCAUAGCCGCAUCCCGGCUCUUUGUGGAAGAAUCCAUUUAUGAUGAGUUUGUUCGAAGGAGUGUUGAGCGGGCUAAGAAGUAUGUUCUUGGAAAUCCUCUGACCCCAGGAGUCAGUCAAGGCCCCCAAAUUAACAAGGAACAAUAUGAAAAAAUUCUGGAUCUCAUUGAAAGUGGGAAGAAAGAAGGGGCCAAACUGGAGUGUGGCGGGGGCCCGUGGGGGAAUAAAGGCUACUUUAUCCAGCCCACGGUUUUCUCUAAUGUUACCGAUGAGAUGCGCAUUGCCAAAGAGGAGAUAUUUGGACCAGUGCAGCAAAUCAUGAAGUUUAAAUCUUUAGAUGAUGUGAUCAAGAGAGCAAACAAUACCUUCUAUGGCUUGGCGGCAGGAGUUUUUACCAAAGACCUUGAUAAGGCCAUCACGGUCUCCAAUGCUCUGCAGGCCGGGGUAGUGUGGGUGAAUUGCUAUAGUAUGCUCCCCACCCAGUGCCCCUUUGGUGGAUUCAAGAUGUCUGGCAACGGACGAGAACUCGGAGAAUAUGGUCUCCACGAAUACACAGAAAUCAAGACGGUCACCGUGAAAAUUUCUCAGAAGAACUCAUAAACGACAAGAGAGCAGAGACGACCCCUCAAUGGCUAAGCAGCUUCUACAGUAGCUAAUAUGUCAUUAGUGGGCUUUAAAUGACAAAUUGAUCCUUCCUUGAUUUUUUUAAACUUAAGAGAAUCAUAUUAACAUUAAUACUACACAGAGAAACUUGCCAUGUAGCCUAUUCUGAAAGAAUCAUUUGCCUUCUGAUAUGUGACCCCCAAGUCCUACCUGUAAUGAAAAGAAUGGAUUUGGAUAAAAGAUCUCUCUAGCUCUGUCAUAGUCAUGUGCUUUUCUUUGCAGCUACUUGUCUAGGAGCAUCAUUUUACAGAAGACCAGUUGUCAUUUAGUGUCUUUCCCUUGAUGACCCCUUGAGUACUCACCGUACCUGUUAACUGCAGCGUUGAUGUGCUCUACUCCCCGUAGUUGUGAGGUCCUUGGAGUUUACUGAAAUGCUUCCUAGAAUGGCCUGUCUGCUUGUCAGUGAAGUAAUGCCUGAGACACUUAGCUGUAAUCUAAUCGUAAAGCUUAAUAACAAUCUUGCAUGAUUCUUAUUCAGUGUGAGUUUUUAAAGUGGAGAUUUGGUUAUGGUGAUGUACUUUCCCUGUUACUCAAAACAAGUGUUAAAUUGAGCAUAAAUGUCUGUUUAAAAAUAAAAGGCUAAUCCACUCAUUCUCAAA